AUGGCUGAAUACGAAGAAGAAGAAAGAUACGACGGGAACGGAGCCGGCGCCGGAGGCGGAGAAGGCGGAGAAGAAGGAGGAGGAGGAGGAGAGGAUCUCGACACCACUCAUCCCUAUCCUUCUUCUGCAUCUUCUCCUCAACCUCUCGAUCAGUCCGUUCCUAAAUCUCGUCAUGAAUCGCGUGAAUAUGAUAGAGAAUCUUCGAGAAGCAGAGAAAAAGAACGAGAGAAAGAUAGGAAAAGAGAUAAGGAGAGGCACAGAGAUAGAGACAGAGAGAGGGAUCAUGGUGAUGGGGAGAAGGAAAGGGAUCCUCACCACAGAGACUAUCGACAGCGUGACAGAAAGGAUAGGGAAAGGGGUAGGGAUAGAGAUAGGGAUGACGGAGAUUCUCACAGGAGUCGUGACCGUGAUCAUGACAGAAGAGGAAGAGGGGAUUAUGAUCGAGAGGAAAGGCAUAAACGUAGGUCUCGAUCUAUUUCACCGGGUAAAGAUAGAUCUGAGCAUGGAACAAGAUCACGUUCUCGCUCGAAGAGCAAAAGGGUUAGUGGUUUUGAUUUGGCUCCCCCUGCUUCUGCAAUGUUAGCUGGUGCUGCCGCUGUUACAGUAUGGAAAAAAGUUCAUAUCAAAUUGCAUGCUGUUAUCUGGGCAAUGUUGGGCUACUUGCCCCAAUGUGCUGACAAUGGGCGUGAGCCGACAUCUGUAGCUUUUAUGUCCAUGGAGGAAUCAAUGCACCGGUAUUUGGUGGGUCUUGUUCGUCUUCAACUGGAAACUAUAUAUACUUUGGUAGACAUUACUACGCCAAAUCCUACAAUUCCUGGAGUGUUGCAAAACAUGUAUCCAAUGGCUACUAGUCAGAUGCAACAGUUCAGUGCUCUCCCUAUGAUGCCAAUUCAGGCUAUGACACAACAGGCUACUCGACAUGCUAGAAGAGUUUAUGUUGGAGGACUCCCUCCGACAGCCAAUGAGCAGUCUGUCGCUAUUUUCUUCAGCCAGGUCAUGGCUAAGAUUGGAGGAAACACUGCUGGUCCAGGGGAUGCGGUGGUCAAUGUUUACAUUAACCAUGACAAAAAAUUUGCCUUUGUCGAGAUGAGGUCUGUUGAGGAAGCUAGCAAUGCAAUGGCUUUGGAUGGGAUUAUUUUCGAGGGGGCACCUGUCAAAGUUAGGAGACCUACUGAUUACAACCCUUCUCUAGCUGCUACUCUAGGCCCAAGCCAACCUAACCCAAACCUGAACCUUGGCGCUGUUGGUUUAACCCCUGGGUCAGCUGGUGGACUUGAAGGCCCUGAUCGCAUUUUUGUGGGUGGACUUCCGUAUUACUUCACAGAAACUCAGAUCAGGGAGCUUUUAGAAACUUUUGGUCCUCUACGGGGUUUUGAUCUGGUGAAAGAUAGAGAAACAGGAAAUUCAAAAGGUUAUGCAUUUUGUGUUUACCAAGAUCUCGCAGUUACAGAUAUUGCAUGUGCAGCUCUUAAUGGAAUUAAGAUGGGAGAUAAGACUCUUACUGUUAGACGAGCUAAUCAAGGUACAACCCAGCCUAAACCUGAACAAGAGAGCAUUUUAAUGCAUGCACAACAGCAAAUUGCUCUGCAGAAACUUAUAUUUCAACCAGCAUUAGUGGCUACAAAGGUGGUGUGUUUAACCAACGCAGUUUCUCCUGACGAGCUCAAAGAAGAUGAGGACUUUGAAGAGAUCAUCGAUGACAUGAGACAGGAAUGCUCCAAAUUUGGUACUUUGGUGAACGUUGUGAUCCCUCGCCCACAGCCAGAUGGGGAUCUAUCUGGUGGAGUUGGAAAGGUGUUUUUGGAAUAUGUGGAUACUGAGGGUGCUACAAAAGCCUGCACUGGAUUGAAUGGGAGAAAAUUCGGUGGAAAUGAAGUAAUAGCCGUCUUCUAUCAAGAGAACAAGUUUGCUCAGGGGGAUUAUGAAGGCUAA